AUGGUGGACAGUGACACGAACUCUCCCACGUGGAAGUUCACCCAGUGCUUUGGAGACAAGGGCGAUGUGGAGGACAUCACCGAAGCUGAUAUUAUCUCGACGGUCGAGUUCGAUCACACGGGCAAUUACCUCGCGACAGGAGACAAGGGUGGAAGAGUUGUUCUGUUUGAGCGAAACGAGACGAAAAAGACUUGCGAAUACAAGUUCCACACGGAAUUCCAGUCUCACGAACCCGAAUUCGACUACCUCAAAUCCCUUGAAAUCGAGGAGAAGAUCAACAAGAUCAAGUGGUGCCGCCGCCAGAAUGCUUCCCACUACCUGCUCUCAACGAACGACAAGACCAUCAAGCUGUGGAAGGUCUUCGAGAAGUCGCUCAAGGUUGUCGCGGAGAACAACCUAUCCGAUGACUUAACGCCCGCGAAUAUCGCCGGUGGCGGCGGUGCACCAAGACAAACCCCAGCCCAUCGCUUCAAGAAUGCGGAAGAUCUCAUCAUGCCUCGUCUUACCCACCACGACACUGUUGUUGCUGCAGUGCCUCGCCGAACCUAUGCAAAUGCUCAUGCCUAUCACAUCAACAGCAUAUCCGUCAAUAGCGAUGGCGAGACCUUCAUCAGCAGCGAUGACCUCCGCAUCAACUUGUGGAACCUCAACAUUCAGGAUCAAAGCUUCAACAUUGUCGACAUCAAGCCAGCCAACAUGGAGGAGUUGACUGAGGUUAUCACUGCUGCUGAGUUCCACCCGUUGAGCUGCAAUUGGUUUAUGUACGCGAGCUCGAAGGGGACCAUCAAGCUUGCCGACAUGCGGGAGAGCGCUCUCUGUGACAGACACGCCAAGCUAUUUGAACAGGAAGAAGACCCGUCCUCUAGGUCUUUUUUCUCCGAAAUCAUAUCCUCUAUUUCCGACGUGCGCUUCUCCUACGAUGGCCGCUACAUUCUGUCGCGCGACUACCUCACGGUCAAGAUCUGGGAUAUCAAUAUGGAGCGCCAGCCAGUGAAGACUAUUCCAAUUCACGAGCACUUGCGCCCACGCCUCUGCGACACGUACGAGAACGACAGCAUCUUUGACAAGUUUGAGGUUGUCUUCUCAGGCGAUGCCAAGAACGUCAUGACUGGCAGCUACAACAACAACUUCAUGAUCUACCCAUCCGACCCCGAGAAGGAGGUUGAAGUUGUUUUACAAGCUGACAAGUCUGCAUUCAAAGCGAAGAAGGUCGGCGUGCCGACACCCAUCAACUCGUCUACGAGCCCAACCGCCACCAACGGCGGCAAGAAGGGAGGUUCUCGUGCUGGCAGUCCUGCUGCUGGAGCCGGCGGCCAAGGCCAACGAAUGCGCAAGGAAACUGAUGCCGACCAGAUCGAUUUCAACAAGAAAAUCCUGCACAUGAGUUGGCAUCCGUUCGAGGAUAGCAUCGCCAUUGCAGCGACGAACAACUUAUUUGUCUUUUCUGCACUAUAG